AUGUGUGAGGAGCUGAAGGAACGGCUUGCCAAGUGUCAUGGCACGCAGUGUGGAUUCUGCAGCCCUGGCAUGGUGAUGUCCAUCUACACGCUGCUCAGGAACCACCCGGAGCCGACACCUGAUCAGAUCACUGAGGCACUUGGAGGUAACUUGUGCCGAUGUACUGGAUACCGACCAAUUGUAGAAAGUGGGAAAACGUUCUCACCGGGAGCUACUGUUUGCCAAAUGAAAGGAUCUGGAAAAUGCUGCAUGGAUCCAGAUGAAACGUCUUUUGUGAGCAGAGAGGAAAAAAUGUGUACCAAACUGUAUGAUGAAGAUGAGUUCCAGCCCCUGGAUCCAUCCCAGGAACCUAUAUUCCCUCCUGAACUGAUCAGAAUGGCCGAAGAUCCCCAUAAGAGGAGGCUGACAUUCCAAGGGGCGAAGACCACCUGGUUCAUGCCGGUGACCUUGAAAGACCUUCUGGAACUCAAAGCCAGCUACCCCAAAGCCCCACUGGUCAUGGGGAACACCGCAGUGGGACCCAGUAUUAAAUUUAAAGGCGAAUUCCAUCCAGUUUUUAUAUCCCCACUUGGGCUUCCAGAACUGAACUUUGUGGAAAGCACAGACAAAGGGGCAACAGUAGGGGCAGCAUACAGCCUGGCACAGUUGAAAGAUGCCCUGGAUUUUCUGGUUUCGGAGCAACCAAAGGAGAAAACCAAGACCUACCACGCCCUCCUGAAUCAUCUGAGGACACUUGCAGGGCCCCAGAUUAGGAAUAUGGCUACUUUAGGAGGGCACGUGGUGAGCCGGCCUAACUUUUCUGACCUCAACCCCAUUUUGGCAGCAGGAAAUGCUACCAUCAAUGUGGUAUCUAAAGAAGGAGAACAGCAGAUUUCUUUAAAUGGCGCUUUCCUUGAGGAGUUACCUGAGGCCAACUUGAAGCCAGAGGAGGUGGUGGUGUCUGUUUCCAUCCCUUACACUACCCAGUGGCACUUUGUGGCAGGACUCCGUCUGGCCCAGCGUCAGGAAAAUGCCUUCGCCAUUGUCAAUGCUGGUAUGAGUGUGGAGUUUGAAGAAGGUACAGACACAAUCAAGGGUCUUCAGAUGUUCUUUGGGAGUGUUGCCCGCACUGUGGUCUCUGCAAGGAAAACCUGCCAGCAGCUCAUUGGGAGGCACUGGGACGACCAGAUGCUGAGUGACGCCUGCCGGUGGGUUCUGGAGGAGAUCCGCAUCCCACCGGCGGCUGAGGGCGGCAUGGUGGAGUACCGACGGACCCUCAUCAUCAGCUUGCUCUUCAAAUUCUACCUCAAAGUGCGCCGGUGGCUGAACAGAAUGGUAAAGGGCUUCUCCGGCCCCAGGGUGCCUGGGUCUGUGCACAAGGAACAUGCCCUGCUGCUGAGAACUUGCCGUGAGUGGGCCAGGGGUGGGGCCCUGCGGCUCCCCGGUCCUUCUCCCCUCGGUCCGGGUCUCAGAAGGGAGCGGCCAUGCUCUCGGGAUAAACUGUCUUGGCAGGGUGUAGACCUCCGGCAGCCCCUGCAAGACCCAGUCGGGCGUCCCAUCAUGCAUCAGUCUGGCAUUAAACACGCCACAGGGGAGGCAGUCUUUUGUGAUGAUAUGUCUGCCUUGGCAGGAGAACUCUUCCUGGCCGUGGUAACCAGCAGCAGGCCACACGCUAGAAUCAUUUCCCUCGACGCCUCUGAGGCCUUGGCAUCCCCUGGUGUGGUUGAUGUGAUAACAGCUCAAGAUGUUCCUGGUGACAAUGGCAGAGAAGAAGAAAGCCUGUAUGCACAGGAUGAGGUGAUUUGUGUGGGUCAGAUCGUUUGUGCCGUGGCUGCUGAUACUUAUGCUCAUGCCAAGCAAGCCACAAAAAAAGUGAAGAUUGUCUAUGAAGAUGUGGAGCCUGUGAUCGUGACAGUUCAGGACGCACUGCAAUAUGAAUCAUUCAUCGGACCUGAAAAAGAACUGGAAAGAGGAAAUGUUCAGUCAGCAUUUCAAUGUGUUGAUCAAGUCCUCGAAGGGGAAGUGCACUUUGGAGGCCAGGAACAUUUUUACAUGGAGACCCAGAGCGUACGUGUGGUACCCAAGGCAGAGGAUAAAGCAAUGGAUGUAUAUGUAUCAAGCCAGGAUGCAGCAUUUGCGCAGGAAAUGGUGGCUUGCACCUUGGGCAUCCCGAAGAAUAGAAUCAACUGCCAUGUGAAGAGGGUCGGUGGAGCCUUCGGAGGGAAAGCAAGCAAGCCCGGGCUCCUGGCGGCCAUGGUGGCUGUGGCCGUGCACAAGACUGGCUGCCCAAUCCGUUUCAUUCUAGAGCGUGGGGAUGACAUGUUGAUAACCGGGGGACGUCACCCACUGCUCGGGAAGUACAAGGUGAGUGGGUAGCACAGUCACUGUACACAUGCCGCUUCGGAGGCCUGUGGCUUGCAGCUCCAGAUCUUCAGUGUGAGCACUCUGUGAAGUGAGAGAUCCCACAGAACCACCGCACUGAGGCUUUGAACGACCUUUUAAAGUCGGGGACUCUUUUUUUUUUG